AUGGGGUUGCCUUUUGAUCAGGUGGAAGAAUUACGGCUCUACCAGCAAACUCUCCUCCAGGAUGGACUCAAAGACAUGUUGGACCACAAUAAGUUUCUGGACUGUGUCUUAAAAGUCAAGGGGAAGGAGUUUCCCUGCCACCGGCUGGUGCUGGCAGCUUGCAGCCCGUAUUUUCGAGCGAUGUUCCUCUCAGACAUGGAAGAGAGCAAGAAGAGGGAGAUCAGUCUGGAAGACGUUGACCCGGAUGUCAUGGGCAAGAUUCUUCAUUACAUCUACACCUCUGAGCUGGAGAUCACUGAGCAGAACGUGCAGGACAUCUUCUCCGUGGCCAACAUGUUCCAGAUCCCCUCCAUCUUCACCGUCUGCGUGUCCUUCCUGCAGAAGCGGCUCUGCCUCAGCAACUGCUUGGCCAUCUUCAGGCUGGGCUUGAUGCUGGACUGCGCCCGGCUGGCCGUGGCCGCUCGCGACUUCAUCUGUGACCGCUUCGUGCUGGUCUCUCGGGACCAGGAGUUCUACCAGCUCUCCCCCGACGAGCUCAUCGCCGUCAUCUCCAGCGACUCCCUCAACAUCGAGAAAGAGGAGAGCGUCUUCGAAGUGGUGAUGAAGUGGGUGGAGAGCAAGGACCGGGAGAGCCGGCGGAAGGCCUUGCCUGUCAUCUUCGAGAGCAUCCGCUUCCGCCUCAUGCCCGGCGACUACAUCAAGGACCACGUGGAGAAGCACGCCCUCGUCAAGUCCAGCCCAGAGCUGCUCAAGAAACUGCAGAUGGUGAAAGACGCCCAGAAGGGCAAAUUCACUGUGGUGAAGAAGAAGAAAGUGAAGAAAAGUGAUGAAAAGCAAGAGAAAGAGAGUGUCGUCAACGGAGCAGUAGACGAGAAGGAAGAUGCAGAGGAGGAUGCUCUGCCAGGGAUCCUGAACGACACAAUGCGCUUUGGGAUGUUCCUCCAGGACCUUAUUUUCAUGGUGAGCGACAGUGGAGCAGUGGCCUACGACCCCACUGCCAACGAGUGCUACUUUGCCUCCCUGUCUGCUCAGAUCCCAAAGAACCACGUCAGUCUGGUGACCAAAGAGAAUCAGAUCUUCAUUGUUGGAGGACUGUACUACAAUGAGGACAGCAAAGAGGAUCCCAUGAGUUCCUACUUCCUACAGUACGACCAUCUGGACUCAGACUGGCUGGGGAUGCCGCCCCUGCCCUCCCCUCGCUGUCUCUUUGGCCUGGGAGAGGCAGAAAAUUCCAUUUUUGUGGUCGGAGGGAAAGAACUGAAAGAGGGGGAGAAGACCUUGGACUCAGUCCUGUGCUACGACCGGCUGUCCUUCAAGUGGGGUGAAGCAGAUCCCCUUCCCUACGCAGUCUAUGGCCAUGCAGUGGUAUCACACAAGGACCUUGUCUAUGUCAUUGGUGGCAAAGGAAGUGACAAGAAGUGUCUGAAGAACAUGUGUGUCUACAACCCAGCCAAGUUUGAGUGGAAGGAGCUGGCCCCCAUGAAAGCUGCCCGCUCCUUGUUCGGAGCCACAGUGCACAAGGACAAGAUCUUCGUGGCCGCCGGUGUGACUGACUCUGGCUUGACCAACGCAGUGGAGGUCUACGACAUUGCCACCAACAAGUGGGACAGCUUCACUGAGUUCCCGCAGGAGCGCAGCUCAGUCAGCCUGGUGAGCUUGGCUGGGGUGCUCUACCUGCUUGGAGGGUUCGCCACGGUGGAGACUGAGUCAGGAGAGCUGGUACCAACAGAGCUGAACGACAUCUGGAGGUAUGAUGAAGAGCAGCAGAAGUGGGAGGGGGUGCUCCGGGAGAUCCAGUACGCCUCCGGUGCCACGUUCCUGCCCGUGCGCCUCAACGUGCUGCGCCUGACAAAGAUGUAG